GGUGGUGGGAAGUCGAAACCGGAAGGCGGUAAGCUCGAACGGAAACCGUCGCUUCGUCGAAAGUUUGGCGCGCUGAUAAGAGGGAGCGCCGAUUUACCGGCUGCGAUAAAUCGCGGACUGGCGCCGAUCCGGCGGAGUUUCAGCUUCAGCAAGGAGUUGAACCACCUCCACGAGUCUCCGACUCCUUACAGGACUCGGGGGGCGCACUGGUACAACAGCCUCGUUUCCCUCGCCGAGGAUCAGAUAAUCGACGAUCGGAAACAGAGCGACGAGGAGGAGGGGGGGGAGGAUGAUCAAGACGCCGUAGAUCAUCGGGCGUCAUUUGCGCAGCCAAUCGCCUCGAAUUCCUUCGAAUUUUCUCAUCUCGAGGACGAAUUUGGCGGAAGAAUUCUUGCCAGGGCACAGAGUCUCAUCGAAAAACAUCCUGCGACCUUCGGCCACAAAAAAAGGACAUCGACCCGCAAGGGACAGACCCUUCCGCCCUUCGGACGUCACAGCGAUCACUAUGACUCGAGAAUAGACCUCACUAGGCCACCCUUUGAAGCCUCCAGUCUGCCGGCUCUUACAGCCCCCGAAAACCUCGAGGAGGAUGAAUCGUCGCCAACGAAUGUUCGAACAAGAGAACCGCAGAUCGGAGACGGAUGGGGACACUUGAGGAGCGGCGUUCGUUACAGUUCUAUCGCCUCUUUCCUGCAUCCGGGUCCUAAAAGUUCCCGGAGUCCUGUAAGCUACUCGGUGCGAUCGCGUUCCUUGACCCAGCUUGACGCCCUGGGUACCAGCAUGCUGGACGCCGGUGAACAUCGGCUGGGCGGCAGCCCCACGACGACUUCGCAACACCAACAAGCCCAUCAGCAUCCCCAUAGCACUGGGGACUGUAGCCCACGACUCCUGGUGCCAAACGCUUCCCUCGGUGAGCCGGUCAGCACAAACAAGACAAGGCACAAGCUCUCCAGGUCACAGGUAUCCAGCAGCGAGUACUUCAGCGUGUGCUUCGAGGCCGGAGACGAGACGGGAUUCGAUCGAGAAGAAUUCUUACCCGCCACGAAGGGAACAACUUUGGCGGAGGCUUUGAGCGGGGCCUGUGAACGUCGAGGCAUUGACUUGGGGCGCGUCGACGUUUUCUUGGACUCCCUCAACACUCCUCUGCCGGUUCUCACCACCGAGACUUCCUGCAUGGGCGGAAGGCAUCUUCGCAUCACCGCCAGAGACGAUAGAACGAGCACAAGACCGGCGACUCAAAAGAGCAAUCAGAACGUGUCAUUACGCAAGGCGAGUGGGAGCUGCCGGGGCCGCAGCAGCCGAUUCUUCAGCGUUUCUACGGAGGAUUCGAGCGUCGACUCGGAGAAUCCAGCCCUCGUCGGUUCCACACCCAGUGGGAAAUCGUCCUCGGGGGCAGCGGGUCUCAAGGCCAGCAAGCAGCGGUGGAGUGGCUUCUUCACGAACACGAAGGGUACCAAGAUGGAGUCGCUCGUUGAACAACUCAACGAGUACACCAAGCACGGGGUGCCACGACUAACCGACAUUCAGCUACCCUACGUCGGCGAACGAGAAGCUGACGAGGAGGGUCUUUACGCCCUGGAGGAGGAUUGGCGCGACAUAGUGGAGGCCUCGGAUCGACUGUCAGAAAAGCAACAGCAGCAGCAAACCGCACUUUGGGAAUUGGCGCAGACGGAGAUCGCCUACAUCAGGACGCUGAAGGUCGUGACCGACCUCUUCAUGGCCUGUCUAUGCAGCCUGCAGGCCUGCGGAAUCCUGAUGGAAGUCGACAGGUUGAAGCUCUUUGGUAACAUCCCAGACAUCUAUGCCGCGAACCGAUUCUUCUGGUGCGAGCAUCUUCUGGCCAUGGUCAACACGGCGAGGGUCACAAGGCUGCCUCUCGACCCUGGUGACCUUCUUCAUGGCUUUGAAACCUUCGAACAGACCUUCGCACCCUACACGAGGUACUGCGCUGAGCAGAGCAGGUGCCAGCAGUACUGCAGGGACCGUUUGAACGACAACGAAUUAUUUACUGCAUAUCUUGUGUGGUGCGAAACGCAAAAGGACUGCAAUCGAUUGAGGCUGCUGGACAUUUUAGUGAAGCCGAUGCAAAGGCUGACCAAAUAUUCUCUACUGCUGAAGGCCGUCCACAAGAAUACAGAGAACGAGGAACAGCGAUCAGAACUGACGAUGAUGAUUAAAUCUGUAGACAAAUUUGUUGCUUCGGUAAACGCUGCACUCAGACGAAGCGAGGAGACGGCUCGUCUGGCUAGCGCAGCAGCUCGUCUCGAAACUUACGAAGUCGUUGAGUCCCGAGACGAGGAGCUUGACAGACUCGUCAAAGCUCACAGCAACCUCGACAUCAUGACUACGCCGAUGCCUGGGUGCCCGAAGGAUGCACCGAGGACCCUUCUCAGGGAAGGGGAAUUCAAAUUACGGGACGGUGCUACGAGCAAGAUGGAGGUACGAGUCCUUCUGCUGACUGACAUGCUGCUCGUAUGUAAACCCUCAACGAAAAAGACCUCAUCAAGCAGCGGGGCAGGAGGGGGGGCGGUUGGCGGUCUCAGGAUAGUCCGCCAGCCCUACGUCGUAGAUCGCAUCCGCGUAAACGAGCUCAAGGAACCAUCUAGUCUGGGUCUGGUUUACCUUAACGACUACGGCGCCGCAUGCGCCGCUCUCAUACUCAGCGCUGGAGAGCCGAAAUUGGCCAAAUCCUGGGUCGAAUCUCUUCGCAAGGCGCAACAACAGUUUGCGCGAAUGAAAUUACCGCCUGUGGUUGGUGCAGCAACAGUACCGACCCUCCCUGUCAGCAGACAAGCCAGCACCUACCUCGGAGAAGGGGACUUUGAUGUGGAAGAUGCUGAAGGUCUGUUGGGUCGGACCCCUCGUGGAAGCAGUCGGGCCUCACGCGUCAGCAGUCUGGCCCACAGCCACAGCGGAAGCAUGGAGAUGGAGGGCGUUUCUCCCGGCAGCAACAGCUUCGUUGCCAGUUACAAUCCCAGCAGGAACGUCAGCGUCGAGACGAGCGAACCUCCUCGUGCCUCCAGCGUAUCCUCGGAAGAAGGCGCCAGCGAGUUUACAGCUGCUGGGCACAAUAUCAGACCUCUUCAAGUCAGGCGCUCGCUGCUCUGCAAAUCCCCGACGCCAAACACCCUCAGCGUCCAAGUACCGGCGUACUCGGGUCUCGGUCAGUCUUUACCGAAUCUGACCCUUGCCACGUCGCCACAAACCUCAACCGUCUCGCCAACACCACCUAACUCUCUCCUGAUCGUUCCUCAGAUCACGAAGAGUAAGGAUACUCUCCUGUCUCCUGGACACAGAGGUAUAUCGUACCCGCCUCCUUCACCACCACGGGGAGCCCUGCGUAGAGCGUUCGCGGUACCGCAAUCCCGGAACCCACCCUUGAUUAAGACUCGGCAUGUGAACGCCUCGGUCGUCGCACAACCGAUACAAACAACCGUGAGUCUUGACGCCGAUGCCGCCGAGGAGAGGCGGCGGAGACUUGAACCAUCUCAGAGAGUUACAUCGACCAGCAGCAUCGCCGAGGAAAAGAAAUGACCGGCGUAAGGUGAAUGAUUAAUUUUGAACAUUGAUCACCUCGACGUGAUCCUUGGAGGGGCAAACCAUUGUCGUCAAGGUUUACGACGCCCGGGCUUAGCGGCGCACGGAUACCUGCGGAUCUCGGCCCGUCAACGUUUCUGCACUGAAGUUGAAGAUCGAAAGAUUGAAAUGUUUUUCACGCAUCCGCUAGUGUGCGAGUGCUGCACACAUUCGCACACAGCGAAGGCGUUUUGACUUAAUAAUCAACUGUUCAAAUUCUCUCACUGUAGUACCAAGCCUAAGAAUUUAACGCAUCAAGCAAUUCCGAAAUCGAUUGGGGCCAUUCGAAACAACGUGAAAUUUAUAAUAACAAAUUAUAGAAAUUAUUUAUUAAAAUAAGUUACAACGUAUAUAUAUAUACAUUAUAUAACAUAAUUAUAAAUAUAGUGUAAUAAUAUAUCACAUAAAUCUUCUAAUUAGCAUACUAUACUUAGAAGAAACGUAGUUUUAUAACGUUGCAUAGGUUGAAAGAAAAACCAAACUUGACUCAUGCAAUUAAGCUGUAUCUUAAGCAAAAUCAAAAAGGCCUACGUAGUGUUAUUUAAACUCUAAUUAAAUAGUCAUUAGUAUAUAGAUACUAUAUAUUGCCUAUAGCGGAAGUGUGAUCAGUAGAGAAAGAGAGACAGAUAUUUACAACUGUAAGCUAUUUAUUAUUCAGCGGACAAUCGCCGCACGACACCCUUAUCAUUCCAUGCAACGUCUUAAUACACGCUAUCCAGUGAGUCUCGCGAGAAAUUUCUCUCUCUCUAUCAAAUAAUGUAAUGGAGAGUAAUAAGUGUUUCGCAUUAAUUGAAGGCAUCGCGAUCACCAGAGUCAUUUGCAAUCUUUUCCAGAAGUAUUUUUAUCGCUAUUAACCGUCAUAAACAAGAUGAUAUUUACUCGAAAUAGUAAUCCGGGAUCUAUUCAGUUUAUAAUUGGAGCAAGAAUUGAUCGCAACGACAUACCUGGUAUACGCAUGUGAAGACGAUCGCAAAUUGAACCGGCUUAAAUAACUCUGUCCAAAUAAUAUUAUUAUACUUUAAGUACAAAACCGACGGUAUAUAUAAUUUACGAUUAAAUAUAUACUGUCCACUUAUAUGGGGAAAAAAGAUGAUGUGGUGUAGUUGUGAUGAUUUAUAAAUUAUUAUUAUAAAUACAUAAAUAAUGUAGUUAAAUUAUUGUUUCUAUACAUUAUAAGUAUGCUCGUUUAAGGAUACGUAUCAUAACUAGAGACAACAUUCCAAAAUAGGGAGGGGACUUCGUUUCCAAUGGUUAACAAUGGUAUUGUAAAUAAUCUAUUCUAUCUCAUUUACAACCAUUAAUUGUACUGCGACAUUCGCAUUUCGUUUAUAGUCAUGCUAAUGCAGUACGUAUUGUCUAUCAUUAUACAUACAUAUAAUAUAUCAGCUACUAUCAAGGCUGCCGUGAAGGAGCCGAUUGUAAAAGCCAGCUGCGUUUCUGUGUAACGAGACAAGAAAUAUAUCAAAUAAUUUAUUA